GCUUUGCCAUCCUUGUUGUCCUUUCGCUUUCACCCGUCUCCCCACCUCGCACACGGACGAGGGACGGUUCGACGAGUUACGACCCGAGUGCGAGUACCAUUUGCAUUUCCCCCUUUCGCCGAGGUGCGGGGAAAAGAAUCUUGAAUUCCGUUGAAUCGCCUUUCUGGAGAAGAAGAAAAUAGAAGAAAAAAAAUCCGACGAAGCGCCGGCAGCCUGGACGAGUUACGGGGCCGACAUGACGUUACACGUUCCCGUUAUAUAAGCGCCGUUUGGGGAAAAUCUUUUCUAGACAGAUAAAAUUAGAUAAAAGACGAAAAACAAUCCAGGACCCGUCCCCUUGGGGAAAAAAAAAUAACAACGGCCCUUCUUCGGUGCUGAGCCAAUGCUAUUAUUGGAGGAAAGCCUGCCGUUCGAUAAAAUAAAACCGGGUCUACAAUGGGGCUACUCCUCUCCAAGCUAUGGAGCCUGUUUGGAAACGAGGAACACAAGAUAGUGAUCGUCGGCCUUGAUAAUGCCGGAAAAACGACGAUACUGUACCAGUUCCUCAUGAAUGAGGUUGUAACGACGUCGCCAACGAUAGGCUCCAAUGUCGAGGAGGUUGUAUGGAAGAAUAUACACUUUAUAAUGUGGGACCUGGGUGGGCAGCAGUCGUUGCGCGCCGCCUGGACUACUUAUUACACAAACACCGAAUUUGUUAUUUUAGUAAUCGACUCGACCGAUAGAGAGAGACUGUCGGUUACGAGGGACGAGCUGUACAGAAUGCUAGGACAUGAGGACCUGUCAAAGGCUGGCGUUCUGGUCUAUGCAAAUAAACAAGAUAUAAAGGGGGCGAUGUCUGCUGCGGAGAUAAGCCGCCAGCUUGACCUGACGAGCAUCAAGAAACACCAGUGGCACAUACAGGCGUGCUGCGCGCUUAGUGGGGAAGGGCUGUACCAGGGGCUCGAGUGGAUCUGUUCGUGCCUCAAGCGCAAAUGACGGGCCGUCUCGACAAUACAUCGGACUUCCAGAGUUUUUUGUUUUGUCUACUUCUGUAAAUAAACAGCCCUACCUUACAAACUAUACAAAAAAAAAAAAAAACUUUUUGUAAAUAAGAUUCAUUUGUAAAUGCUCAAUAUUUUGUAAAUAUAAACAACGGA